UAUUAAUACUGAGUUACGCUCUGAAUGCUGCAUGAUUCAUGAGCCUAUGCUAAUGAGCAGGUGGGUGUCUGGGGAGCUUAGCGGCUUUGCGAAACAGUGACUGAACUGUCUGCCCGCUCUGGGUCUCGGUAUUAUAUUGUCAGUUUUGGAGUCUGUGAGUCCAUGUCUUCCUCUGUGUCAGUUCGGUGUAUUUUGGAGUCGGAGUUAUCUCAGCACCGCUCUAAGGAGUCGUGCUGGGUGCUUGUGUCCGGCAGGGUCUACGAUGUGACGGGAUUCCUCAAAAGACACCCAGGCGGAGAAGCUCUGAUUUUGCGCCAGGCAGGGAGCGAUGUGAGCCGGGAGAUGGAAGGACCUCCACAUCGGCACUCUGAGAAUGCCAGGAGGUGGAUGGAGCAAUAUUAUAUAGGAGACCUGGUAAAGCACACUGCAGAGCCACAGACGGUGCGAGGAAGAAGGAAAGCCACAGAGUCAGAGCAUACGAAGGAAGACCAGACAGGAGCCAGCAGGUGUAGCAGUGUCAACACAGAGACGGACCUGGUGAACUGGACAAAGCCCCUGCUGUGGCAGGUGGGACACCUGGGGGAGAAGUAUGAUGAGUGGGUGCACCAGCCUGUCGACCGACCCAUUCGCCUCUUCCACUCUGACUUUAUCGAGGCCUGCUCCAAAACCUCCUGGUACAUGGUCCCUGCUGUCUGGUUACCCAUGGUAUUGUAUCUGAGCUGGUACUGCUUUACAUUGCUGGCCCAGGGAGACACAAGACUCUUCACUACUUUUACAUCCGAGUACACUAUCCUUGUGCACAAGUACAGCUUCCCCUUCUUGUUCCUGCUGGGCAUGUUCAUCUGGUCUCUAGUAGAGUACCUUAUCCAUCGCUUCCUGUUCCACAUGAGACCUCCAGCCAGUAACUAUUACCUCAUCACACUUCACUUCCUCUUGCAUGGCCAGCACCACAAGUCCCCGUUCGAUGGCUCUCGUCUGGUCUUCCCUCCAAUCCCAGCCUCCUUUGUAGUCGGGGGUUUCUAUGUCCUCGUACGUGUGCUGAUGCCCUUGGGCCUGGGCCUGUCUGUCUUUGUGGGGGGACUCUGUGGCUAUGUGGUUUAUGACAUGAUCCACUACUACCUGCACUAUGGUUGCCCAAAAAAAGGAAGCUACAUGUAUGGACUCAAGGCCUACCACGUCAAACACCACUUUGAGCACCAAAGAUUGGGCUUUGGAAUCACCACCCGUUUUUGGGAUCACCCUUUCAACAGCCUCAUUCCAGAGGAGACCUUCGGGAAAGACCACUGACUGCCAGGGACUGCACCUCCUUCUCAAGCCCCUCCCUCCCUUCCUCCUACAGACCUUCCUAGCGACUCGCCUCACUGGGCCGACGUCCCUCUGAGCAGGUCCAGGGAAGAGAUACCCAUCAAUGUUCUGUACAUGUUCAUGUAUUUGUAUUUACUACUUUCUCCAGUCUCAAAUCCUCCCUCAUCUCUUUAUCACAUAAUCACAUUCAAUCCUAGCUAACCCUCAUCCACUGGGGUCUAAUAUUUAUAUUUAUUAAUUGUUUAAAAUAGCUUUCUUAAUUAUUAUUUUUAUUUACAGUACUGUUAAUGUUUCAACACUGACCCAUUGGGUUACACAUGAGAAUACAAACCUGAAAUCACUAGAAUCUAAAGGGGUGGUGGUGGUGAAACUGGAUACAUUGUUAAGCAGGAAGCCAGCUACCCAGUAGAUGAAGGAAUAAUUCAUUCAGCUGCUCUGUAACAUGGCUUUAUACAGAAAACAAGGAGUACCAUAGAAACACAACUCUGAAGGCUAUGCAGGAUGUGCCAAGUUUCUGAAUUCUCAGGGCACUACAUGAGAGCCAGCCUGUUGUUAUGUCACUCACCCAAAAAAAGAACGGAUACCCAUGAUAUAGGGCAUUUGUGACCAAUCUGUUCUUGUAUUUUGUUUAAUUAGUUAAGUUGCAUUAUGUUCUGCUAUUUAGUUAUAUCUUUUAGACUUGCCAAAAGUGCACAUACAAUAGUCUACUGAUUUAAGACUGACAGUAUAGCCUGUGGAGCAGUACUGCUGUAGAGGAUACACUGCAUCUUCUGUUAGGCUGCAGCAUUAGAGUGGCAUCAUUACUCUGUAUGUGGAUGCGAGUUUCCCCCGAAAGGGUGUCUACUAAGAAUUAGGGAUGGUGUGCAACUGUCGGAAAUUAGAAGCCAUAACAUCUGUGGAUAUUUUUGGGAGACGUUCUACAGGGACCUGCAGAGGACAUGGAGUCUGAUGUAGUUAAAUCUCCUUUAUAUAAAGCAUAGGCUAGUUCAGCCCUCUAUACCCCUGAAAGUAGAGGAGCUGUCUGUCCCCAGCACCUGCAUUACAUCUCACUUGAAUUAUAAAAUGAUGGGAAAGUGGUGGCUUGAACUAUUUUAUUUCUUAUAUACCUUUAUUGUUAUUUAACUGUUCAGAGUAUUACUUCUUCAUGCAAGAGGUAAUCCUAUGUGGUGACUCUUUGUUAGAGAAAUGCUAGUGCAGGGAAAUUGACACAUGGCUGACUCCUCUGCAUGCAUUGGAUUUGAAUGCAAGGUCGUUGCAGAAACUGAACAAACAAAAAACAAAAAUGUCCACAGAUUUUUAUUUCUUUGUCCUGAGUUUUUGUAAUGGCGAAUAAGCUGUAAAUGAAAUUGUGAUUUAAAUCUUAAAUCUGAAAGCGUUUUUAUGUGUGAUGUGUUUCCCAGUGAGGACUGAACCUUGCCUGGUUCCUCUUCUCUAGUCCUGCAUCCUCUGCUAUACUCAGCACCUGCUUAUGAGUCAAACUGACAAGACCACAUCAGAGCAGGAUGAAGGGAGGAGGGGGAUAAGGCAGAAAUCCACUAUAGUAAAAUAAAAAUAUAGAAAAUGGGCAUGGUUAGGAAACAUCCAGGCUGAGAUCUGAGAAGUGGUAGGAUUCUGUUAAUGUAGGUCUGAGAUUUUAACCUGAAGUUCACUUACAUGCAUGUUCAGUGUAAAGGGAGAGUCUACCUUUACACCAUUUUCAAAACCAAGCCUUCAUCUUUAAAUGAGGGCUAACCAAGCUCUAACAUUAAUAAAAAAAAAAACACCUUUCAUAGUGGAUUUCUGGUUUAUAUGUACAUUUCCAAAAGCUCUAUUGUAAAUGUAUAUAAUUUCUCAACAGCUUCAAGUCACUUUCUGAAUCUGUUUACUACGAAAUAUUUUUUUACAUUUUUUUUUUUUGGAACAUAAUAUUUCUAUGCAAAUGGUGAACUGCAAUUGUAAAUAAAUAUAUGUAUAUUUCGAA